AUUUUUUCAUAAUGCUGCAAAUCAAACCAGCUUAAAAUUCGUAACAGUAAUAUUUCGACAUGGUGACCGUGCACCUGAUCCACCCGAAAUGUAUCCUAAUGACCCUUAUUACAAUGACCCUUUUUAUCCUGUGGGUCUAGGUGGAUUAACUAAUAAAGGAAAACUUCGAGAAUACGAGCUCGGUGAGGUCCUACGUAGAAGGUAUUUCGAUUUUUUAGGCGGCGUCUACGUUCCUGAGUCAAUUUUAGCUCAAAGUACCGACUAUAAAAGGACAAAAAUGUGCUUGCAAAUUGUCCUCUCGGCUCUUUAUCCACCUGGAACUUUUCAGCAGUGGAAUAACCAACUCAAUUGGCAACCUAUCCCCACAACAUACUGGCCUUCUGAAGAAGAUUGGUUACUCAUACCAGAAGAAUGCCCCGAGUAUAUUGAAGAGCGUAAAAAGGCGGAAAAUUUGCCGGAAGUCAUCGAAAAAGUCGAAAAGUUUCGAGAUUUCAUGAGUAAUUUGACUAUAUUAACUGGAAAGAACAUCAGUGGAACAUACGACUUUUAUCUGCUUUAUCACAUUCUCACUGCCGAACAAUCAAUGCAACUGCGACUACCUAAUUGGACUGAGGGUCUUUUUCCUCACGGAAAACUAUUAGACGGCAUACUUUUGGAAUACGAAAUUUUUAGUUACACACAAAAAAUGCGACGUCUUAAUGGCGGUAAAUUGUUAUACAGUAUCUUAAAUGAUAUACAAGCUGUGAAGGACGGUUCCAUUGGCGGUCGUAAAAUCAACCUUUACAGUGGCCAUGAAACAAAUGUAGUCGCCUUAUUGCAGACUUUAGGAGUUUUCAAGUACCAUGUGCCUCAAUAUGGCAGUGCUGUUAUUGUAGAACUUCAUGAAAUCGACAAUCAGUAUUAUAUGAAGAUAAUUUAUUACCUUGGAAUACCGUCCACAAUAGAAGUGCUACAAAUUCCAGGAUGCGAUGAACUUUGUCCAUUAGAACAGUUUAUUGAUUUAUUGAGUGAUGUAACGCCGUCUAGUGAUGAAAUAUUAUGUGAUAAAUCAAAUGUAGAGACAUACACGUCGAAAAUGACCGUUAAACCAAAAAACUCCGCACAGGGUAGUUCAACUGCAUGAGUGUGGUUUAGCUUUGUUUAGCAAAUGUUUAUUAGCUGAUAAAAAUUGUUUAGCUUUUAAAAUUAUAGUGAUGGAUUACUGAAUAUACGUUAAAACCAUUCAAUAAAUUUUCUUAAAACAAAAUCUCAUUAACGAUUAUUUUGUAAAUCACAAAAUAGUCAAUGAAGAUGUUAAUAGGAAAGGGUGGUAACGUAUUCUCUCUUUGUUGAAUGUAUCAUUAAUAGAAUUAAUUCAAACUUAUUGAAUUAUGUACAAUAAGUUUUAUAUAAUGAAUUUCAUGUUCAUAUACCGAUAUUAACGAAGUUCUUUUCAUUAUUUGUAACAAUUAGUUGAAACGAGUAAAAUUAAGUUAGAUACUAGAAAUGGAAGUUGUUUUAGUUGUAAAAGUGACAAGAACUUUUACAGAAAAAGAUGAAUUAUUAAAUUUAUUAUAACUAAUUUUAUACAAUGCUCAUAGUACAUGUUUCGCUUGUCUGAAAUGAUAAUUUUUUUUAUUAAAUAUAAUAAUUAUUUAACUUUAAUACUCUCAAUAUUGUUUAAAAAAUUAAAUAUACAACCGAGCUGUAAGAAUUAAUGUGUAAUCCAAGUAAAGUGUUGUGUUCAAUAAUACCUCAAUUUUUGAUAAACAAGAUUAUAUUUAAUGUAGUAGUGAAUUAAGAAGCUACCACGCGAAAUAAAAGUGAAUAUUCAUAAAAUUGAAUUGAAUUAAAUUUUCAAAGAAAGUAAAUUGAAAAUCAAAGCGUCUAUGAAAUAUGAGUUUUAUUGAAGAAUUUUAUUGAAGAUUUAAUUCUCCAAUAGGUUAAUUUGUACAAAGGCACUGUCACUAAAAAAUAUACACUAUUAAAAACCCUUUCUUUCGAAAUUAUAUGUAAAUUAGUGUAAUAUGUUUUUGAAUAAAUUACAAUUUAGUAUUCACCGUUUUGAAACAUUAAACUUAGUACUAAAUUAAAUUUUGCAUAUUAACGAGAAAUAUUAUUUGAACAUACGUCAUUUCACUUCGUCCGUUAUGUUUACGUUCUAUUGAAUUCUGUUUAAACGCUUUAUUAUGAAACCUUUAUUCUUAAAUAAAGAAACUAUUAUAACAAAAUACUUCGUCAUCUAUUCACGUGAAGUAUACGAUGUUUUAGUUAUCCGUAUAUGUCAUAUCAAUCAAUUAUUUGCACGUAAAUACUUUAAUAUAUUUAUACCAAUGAAUUUAUCCGUUAAAGAUCUAUCUGCUUUUAUUGGGAUGUGUUGAUUAUGAUUUAUGAGCAUAUUUAUCGUUAUGGACUGUCAAAUGAAUAAUCGUAUUCAAGUAUCAUGCAUACUCAAGUAAAGUUAAAAUUACUGGAUGUGAAAAGUUGAAAUGUCUAGAUUUCUUUAUAAUUAAAAGAGUAUUUAUGUAUAUAGGACUUAUAGUCCUUUGAUUAAUAAUAAUAAUAGCGUGAGACGGAAGACUGGUGAUUAGAUAAUAAAAAUUGUUCUACGAAACAUAGAUAUAUAUCUUGCGCUCUGUAAAUUUAUCGAUAGAAACAUUCAAAUAUGUUAACUUGAUGUACUAAAUCAGAUGUAUUAAAAAACUACUACUUGCGUAAGCUUACCCAUAAUACUCGACUCAGAAUAGUAACGACGUUCGUAAUAUACGCAUCGACGUCAUGCUGAUGGGAUGCAAUGUAAGUAAUCGUCAUAGCCAUGUCUUAGAUUGUAUUACAUUGUAUCAGAAUGUCAUAAAGCAGAUAAGUCAAAUGUUCCACUGAUGUUCUUUCU